CCAAACUUGACUGCUGAACUUUCACUUGAAACUCACUGAAGCAUCAGCUGCCUGUCGCCCCCUGAAGGUCUCAGCUAUGGCGGCGAUCUCCAGUCACUGCGCGGCGUCACCCGCCAAGCCUUCUCUCUCCUCCCCUGCAUCCUCCUUCUCUGGCACGAGUCUCCGCCACUUCUACCGCCCUGUCGGUGCUUUGGUUUCUCUCCCGGCGAUUUCUCCCUCUAUCCGGCAGCCGAUCUCCUGCCAAAUCUCGUCAUCCACCUCCGCCCCGCCGUCUGCCAUGCCGAAAGAAAAAUCUGAGCCGAAGGACUUUCUGCACAUUAAUGAUUUUGACAAAGAAACAAUCAUGAAAAUAUUGAACCGGGCAGUGGAGGUCAAGUCGGUGAUCAAGUCUGGGGAUAGGUCAUUCCAACCAUUUAAGGGGAAGUCUAUGGCUAUGAUUUUUGCUAAGCCGUCGAUGCGGACUCGGGUUUCUUUUGAGACUGGCUUUUUCUUGCUUGGGGGCCAUGCCGUUUACUUAGGACCGGAUGACAUUCAGAUGGGUAAGCGGGAGGAAACCCGUGAUGUUGCCCGUGUUCUCUCUGGUUAUAAUGACAUCAUUAUGGCGCGCGUAUUUGCACAUCAGGACAUCCUCGAUCUGGCUAAGUAUUCGAGUGUACCCGUUGUUAAUGGUCUGACUGAUUAUAACCAUCCUUGCCAAAUUAUGGCUGAUGCCCUUACCAUGAUUGAACAAAUUGGCCGGAUUGAAGGGACGAAGGUUGUCUAUGUUGGAGAUGGAAACAACAUUGUGCACUCUUGGCUGUUGCUUGCAGCUGUUAUCCCUUUCCAUUUUGUCUGUGCCUGUCCUAAAGGAUUUGAACCAGAUGCAAAAACUGUUGAGAAGGCCAGACAGGCUGGAAUAAGCAAGAUUGAGAUAACUAAUGAUCCUAAAGAAGCUGUCAGAGGAGCUGAUGUUGUGUAUUCAGAUGUUUGGGCCAGCAUGGGGCAGAAGGAAGAGGCUGCUUAUCGUCGUCAAGUGUUUCAAGGAUUUCAGGUGGAUGAAGCCAUGAUGAAGCUAGCGGGCCCAAAGGCUUACUUCAUGCACUGUUUGCCUGCAGAAAGAGGGGUGGAGGUUACUGACGAAGUUAUUGAAGCUCCAAAUUCCAUAGUCUUCCCACAGGCUGAGAAUCGGAUGCACGCUCAGAAUGCUAUCAUGCUCCAUCUAAUGGGCUGCUGAGUCAGCAUGCUCCAUCAAAUGGGCUGCUGAGUCAGUCCCUCCGCUUAAUCAUGAAGGGUGCCAAUGUUAAUGGGUUAAGUGGUGGAAGCUCCCAUGACUGUUCUUCCAAUAGGCUCAACUAGGCUGUAGAUGGUGACUGGUAGGGUCAAGCAUGAUGAUAAUUCUCCUCUCCUUUUUUUCUCUGGUUGGGUGUGCUGAAACUCGAACCUUAGACAACAAGGCUUGUUAGCUGUAACUUUGUCGGAAUUUGUGAGGUGUUUUGAGACAUUUCAUGGAGGUAAUUAUCGGCUUUCCUUACGGCCCGUUACUUUA